UCCGCCAUAUUGGAAAUGAUGUGGAUCUUAGGUUUCUCGAUUAAUGUUGAAUAUACAUGAUAUAGGUAGACUAUAGGAAUAUGAUUUAACAAUUUAAAGAUAAAUUAAGAACCAACAACAAUAACUGCAGCCAUGGAAACAGACAUAUUAGAAGAAUUUGAUAAAGACCAGUUCCUUGAAUAUUCAAGGUCAACAACAAGUAAAAUGCUACUGGCAGUUACACUGGAUACUAGUUCCAUGACGAUGACUUCUUUUGCUUCACAGCUUGGGAACAACUUUCUACAGCAAAGUGUGGAGUGUGCAGGAUUAGAUAUUCUGAAAGAACUACAGGAGUUUCUGUCAGGCCACUAUAAGACAAAGAAACUGAAACUUGAGAAUAAAUUGUUGAAAGAUGAGAGCAACGAUGAGGACCAAAAGAAAAUAGCAAGAGACAGAAAGAGAAAGCAAGAGGGACCACUCACAACAGACAAAAAGCAAAAAAUGACAGAAAAAGACCUUAAAUCAACGUCUCCAAAUAAAGACAUGACGAGUCUUGCCACCAUACAAAUAGAAAAUGCAAUGUCAAGGAGUGGAAGGAAAAUAAAAACACCAAAAUGGUUGCUGGGAAAUGAAAUAUCAGUAACAACGGGGAAGGAGAAAACUAUAAAUGUCUCCGUAACAAAAUCUAGGUUGGAUGAAUCAUCUGAUCAAAUACAGAGUUCAGUUUCCAGGAAGAUAACAAGUUCAGUUCUUAAAAAACAGAAGCCUAAUUUUAAUAAAUCAGAAGUAACAAAUGAAAAAAUAAUGCCAAACAAGUCUUCUCUUUUGAAAAAAAUCGUGAAAGAAAUAAAAGUUGAGAUCAAGGAUAAGGGCACCAGUCAGGAAAGCAAGAAGAAUAACAAUAAGGAGGAUCUUACAGAUAAUGAAAAUAAACAGGAUGUUAAGAUGCGUAACACUGGACAGUACACCAAGAAAAGUAACAAUACUCGGGACACUACAGAUAGUGAAAAUAUACAGGAUGUCGAGAACAUAAACAGUGCACAGCACAAUAAAGAUGAUGACAUUGACCAGGAGAUCAAAGGUUUUGGCAAUGGAUGGAGUAAUAAGGUCACUGACAACGAAAAAGAGAUCAAAGUAGAAAGCUGCGUACAAGAGUCUAAUGAUAAGAACAAAAUACAGGACAUUCCAUUGGAAGACAAUGGACAAGACACCAACUAUAAGGGCAAUGAACAGGACAAACUAAAAUCAAAUGAUUCCGAUGAAAAAUUUGUAAAUUGGGCUUAUGGGAUUGCCAUCCACUGUGAAGACAGAAUGAACGAAAACAAGGGAAUCUUUAAAUGCAGAAAGUGUGAUAAAGAAAUGUCAUCUUCAUUGGAGAGGGUUCGGCAUGAAGUAAAUGAUCACAACUUUAUUGUAAUGUUGAAAAUGAUAGAUCAUUGUGCUAAACCAUUUAAAUGUCCUUUAUGUAGACGAUGUAUGAAGUUUGAAGAAUCUAUGCGUACACAUAUCGUUGAGCACACUACUAUAGAUGUAACAGACCUCACUUGUAAUGUUUGUAAAUUACAAUUCAUUAACAAAGUGCGGUUAAGAGAUCAUAUGCUAACGCAUGGAGAGGCAAAAUUCCCCUGUCAGAAUUGUGGAAAGAAAUUUCGGAUGAUGAAAUAUGUCCGUCGUCACAUGAUUGAAAGCUGUUGUUCUAAAGUUUCAGCUGAUAAAAGAAAAGAUUGUGAUAAUGAGCAACCAGCCCAAGCAAAUUCUAGCAUAGACAGAUAUUUAGCAGUAAAUAAUUUAUCUGAUGAUGUAAUGAAGGUCAAUGGUAGUGGUAGUCAGAUUAUGCCGGGUCAAAUGGAAAGAGUAUCGGUACUAAAGACUGAAGAUUCUUUGGAUGCAAAGUUUGCUGCUGGUGGGGAUGUAGAAACUUCAGAUUUGUCUGCUGAUAAGUUGUCUUUGAAAUUGAACAGUAAUAAAAGAUUUGCUGAUGAAAAUGAGCAGGCUGAAGAGAACAUUAUAUCAUCUUCCCCAUUAUCCUGUGAAAUUUGUCAAGAAACAUUUAUGAAGAAGUGGAAUUUGCAACGCCACAUGUUACGAAAACAUAGAAAUGAAGAAGUUUUUCAGUGUGAAGUUUGUCAGGAAACUUUCAAGAAAAAGUUUACUUUGACUAGUCACUUGAUAAGAGAACAUAAUUUUGCCAAAGACUUUAAAGUCGUUUGUGAAAAGCCUGAAGUACAAAGUGAAAAUUUUAAAUGUAGAGAAUGCGAUGAAAUAUUCUUUUCUUCAAUGGAAAGAGUUCGUCAUGAGCUUUACGAUCAUGACUCUGCUGUUCUUGAGAGGUACACUGGACCUGCUAAAAAAGGGAAAUUUAAAUGUCCUAUAUGUAAAAAUAAAAGAGAAACUGUUCAAACCAUGAAGUCACAUAUACGUGAUCACUUUGAAACAGAUAUCAGUGAAUUGACAUGUAGCGUUUGUAAAUUGCAAUUCAAAACUAAAAACAGACUUCAAAAUCAUUUACCAAUACACAGUGAACCAAAGUAUCCAUGUCAGAAAUGUGGUAAAAAGUUUCGUAUGCUUAAAUAUGUCAAACGCCAUAUGCUAGAAACACAUAAAGUUGCAGGACCGCCCCUCACAAAAGGGAAACAAGACCAUGAAAAGACUACAGAAAAUAAGAAGCCGAAGAAAACACCAGGAAUUUGUGAUGUUUGUGGAAAAGUGUUCUCUUCAGUUGCGACGGCUUUACAGCACAGAUCAGUUCAUACACAAGAAAGAAAACAUUCAUGUAAAGUUUGUCAGAAAAGAUUUCGAUUAAAAUCUGCUCUGCGUAAUCACAUGAGACUUCAUCAAGAUAGUAAAGACUUUGUUUGUGAAGUAUGCGGAAUGUCAUUCAAGAUGGCACAAGGAUUGCGAAUGCAUCGGCUUCGGUACCAUGACAGGGUAAGGUAUAAGUGUGAUCACUGUAGCAGGAAGUUCAAGUGUUUAGGCGGCAAAAAGUAUCAUUUUCUGAAAGAACACAGAGAAAUUGCUGAGCAGGCAGGAUUAAAAACUUAUCCAUGCAAUUUCUGCGAUCGUAUUUCAUCGAGUCAUCAGGAAUACUUACGACACGAAAGUUCUCACAUUGAUAAUAAGAUACAUUAUUGUGACCUCUGCAAUAAUAGAUUUCCAACAAUUUCACAGCUGAAUGAACACAGAAAGUCACAUUUUGGCAGACAGAAGAAUUACAUGUGCAAAAUCUGCUCAUUCAAGGCAAGCUCGCCAUAUAAACUAAGGCGUCAUCUUGCCUCCACAAAACAUCUUGAAAAUUGCACAACUCAAGGUUAUAAUUCAAUAGCAGCCAUGAACAUGGAUGAUCCCAAUAUUGUUAAAAUACCGAUUAAGCGAGAAAGGCAUUUGUCUGAAAGAGAUGUCAAAAACGAGAAUGAGAAUCUAUUGACAGACCAAACAAACACGGUUUCUAUAGAAACAGAACAAGAAUUACUUAAUCAGGUUGAUUUUUCAUUAGGAGAUGAUGAGAGUUCACAGACAGAAGAAAGUGUCGUAGAGGUUAAAUAUGUAGAAAUUCCAUACAGCAUAGGAGAAGGCUCUCAUAUUAUUUACACAGAGGACAAUAAUUUGGUCUAUAGAGUUAUUGAAGAUGGUGAAACAGGCAGUUUAGUUGAAGGGGCAAAUACUAUUAUUUACGAUCCCUCGAUAAAUCAGGCUGUGGAAUCCAUUUUGAAACUACAGCAAAGUUCCCCAACGAAUUUAUAACUCAUUGUUGUGAAGAUAAUUGUAAGGAAUAAGCCUUCAGUAUUGGAUUUUCCAAUUUUGUUUAUUUUCUAUUUGUACAAUUUGGCAAUUGCCAAUCCGACCACUGGGCAAGAAAACUCUUGUGAAUUUGGCCUCAAAAGAUGUUUAUGAAUUUAAGGUUUCUAGUGCAUAGGGUGCAAAUCACACAACUAAGAUGUAUUUACUUUCAUCUCCCUAAACCUAAGGGGCAUCUAAUAAUACUAUCCUUCAAACUUGCAGUCAUUCAUUCAUUUGUCAUUUCGUUUGAGAGAUCUAAUAAUCAUUUCAAUUACAUGCAUAUAUAUACAUAUUUUGUACUUGACUGAUCUUUCAAAAAACCACCUUAAAGAAUAAGAACAGUCAUCUUUUGUUCCUUUGAAAUAAUAUUUUAAAUAUCCCUGUCCUGGUAAAUUGUUUUUUUAUGAAUAUCAGGGGGAAAAUUUGAUUGCAUUUUCUGGGAUUAGGUCAGUGCAAGAACCUCCUCAUUCAUUUCCCUAGAAACCUUAUCAAUAUCAUGCAUGCAUGGCUAUAACAUGGAUUUUUUUUUAUUAAUUGUUGAUUUGAAUUGCAUAUAUAUAUAUAUAUUAAUGUUUUUAUUAAACUAUUUACUUCAAU